AAAAUUAAGUAAUUUUGUUUUGUUAAUCAUACAAAAAAGUUGUAUGUAGAUAGGGAUAUCACUGAUAUCAGAAUUAAUUAGGUUGGCACCUUGAGCGCUUUUCAACUGUUUUAAAAAGUUCAUCCAUUUUGUUAACGACUUUACGCGUCUUGCGUCUAGGGUCUUUCAAAAAUUAAAAUUUUCUCUGAAAACUCUCAAUGUACAAAGUAUCUUAAAUAAUAUUACAUAUAUUAUUACUUCUACGGGUCUUCGGCACAUUUUUUAGAUAAUCGUAUUAGUAUUAACAUUUUUUUUCUGCAGUGAACGAAUUCGCAGGUUGGGACGUAGGAUAAUGUUUUUCAAUUAUAUCGUUGUAAUUUAUUACUUCUUUAUAACAUAGGAAAGUAAAGCAUGAGUUCCACAUGUACUUAGGAAUAUUCCAUGAGAUAUUCUCUUCGUAGGUGCGGAAUCUGUUGACACCUGUUUGUCGCGCGUCCCGGGCCGGUAAUGUAGGGAUAGUCGAGUCUACGCGAUUUUUAUAAACCGCUCGUAAAUGUAAAACACUAAAAAGUAUAAAAGCAAGACGUCAGUCGUACAUACUUUAAAUUUGAAUUUAUUUGUGCCAAAUAUUACCAGGCCAAUGGGGGUACAUUAGGAACAAACAGAUAUCCAGGAGCUGGGGACAGUGUUUAUAAGGUAGGAAUAAAUUUUACUAUAAUUUAACAUAUAACAAUCAUAGAUAAUAAUACAGUAUCUUUCUUAUAAUUUGUACAUGUUCUCUUAUUAUUAACACAUUUUCCUUCUUAAAAAUAGAAAUAUUGAGACAUACCUACAUACAUAUUUUCCUAUACCUAAGCGUUGAAAAGUGAUGGAAGGUGUGUGUAUUAAUAUUGAUAACAAUUAGAGAGGAGUGUAUAAUUUGAAACAUAAAAUAUAAUAGACAAUAAUAACACAGAACAAGUACAAAUUUGUAUCUGUUCUGUGAUAAUAAUAACUACACGAAAAGUUAUAGAGUUACUUAGUGGUAGUCAAAGAUAUAGAGCGUAGUAUAAUCACAGUACCUAUAAUCUUCAAAAAUAGUGUAUGAUGAGACUAGAUGAGACAUGGAUGAGACCUGGAUGAGACAUGGAUGAGAUCAGAUGAGAUCUUGUAUUAUUAUUUUAUGGAUGAGACCCUUGGAUGAAUCAACCUCAUCUAGCUGACGUUCCUGUCAGCUGUCAGACUUACAGUAACCUAACUUAAUGGUUUGUUUACUGUUUAUAAGUUAAGAAUAUUUGUCUUUUUGUUUGAAAUAAUGUACGAGUAUGCUACAGCUGCUGCUUCAGCAAGUCCUGAGAUAAGUCAGUGGUUUCAGGCUGUUGAUAGGGAUAGAUCGGGUGAAAUUAAAUGGGAAGAGCUUCAAUCUGCAUUGAUAAAUGCCCAAGGCGAGCAUUUUUCCGAUGCUGCAUGUAAACUUAUGAUAGGUAUGUUCGACAAAGAUAAAACUGGGACUAUCAAUGUUAACGAAUUUCAAGCUUUGUAUAAUUACAUUAAUCAAUGGUUGAGCACGUUUAAAAUGUAUGACAGGGAUCAAUCUGGUAGUAUUGAGGAAUCUGAACUGAGUGCAGCAUACCAACAUAUGGGCUUUCGGUUUUCUCCGGAGUUUAUUCAUUUCUUAGUAGAAAAAAGCGACUUAAAGAAUCAUAAAACGAUUUCCAUCGACCAGUUUAUUCUGACUUGUAUCCAACUUCAAAGAUUUACAGAGGCUUUCCGACAAAGAGAUUCGCAAAUGAGAGGCGAGAUCACUAUAGGGUUCGAGGAUUACUUAACUAUAGUUUUAAAUUGUUCUAGUUAAAUAUUCUUUUACAUUAAAAUGAGAAAUUGCUUUUUUUAGCCCCGUAUAUACAGUAGAAUUGGAUUGCUUCUAACGCCUCAGUUUGACACGUUUUUUUUAUGACAGUUUAUUUAUAAGUCAAUAAAAUAAAGAUUAGCCCAAAGUAUAUUUGGUAUACUGUAUAUACGCUGGCUUUAGUUGAAGUAUUUUUUAUGAGUUGCAAUUGCUAAGAUGACAUAAUUACUACUUUUUUUUAGUCUUAAAUUUUUAUUGUAGUUCUCCUGCUAUAUUAUUAAUGUUACCUUAUUAAUAGAUAUUCCUUAUUAAGAACCAUGAAAUAAAUUUGGCAAAAUUGGUGCUUUCCAAGCUGUACGUUACAAUAUAUCUUUUUAAUAAUAAUAAAUUCGAUUAGAUUGUAAGAAAAUGAUUAUUUUAUCUAAUUAGAAAAUGGUCAUAUGUACACGAUAGCUAUUAUUUACAAAAAUUUAUACAGUAUACUUAAAUAGUUAAUGACAAGCAACAUGAUAUGUGAGUAAAUUAAAUAAGUUGACUAGAAUUAUAUUAAAUAUAAUCAUAGUUCAGUCAUUGGGGAUUUUUGCUUGGAAAAAAGUCCGGAAGUUUUGCAGGUUUGUAGGUUUUGGGGUCCCUAACUA